AGUACUUUUCGUUUGCGUCCAUACUACUACCGUCACGAAGAAGAUCUGAAUCGUAGUUUUUGCUUUCUUCUCUUUCUAGUUUCUAGUUUCUCAUUCUGUGUGUAUAAAGUCGAGAGAGAUGGGCAGGCCACAAGGUACGGGGAGAAGGAAGAUCGACAUCAAGAGAAUAGAGAAGAAGCAGAGCCGGUUGGUGACCUUCUCGAAGCGCCGGCAUGGGUUAUUCAGCAAGGCGGCCCAGCUUUGCUCGUCCUCCGGUGCCCACAUAGCUAUCAUCGUAUUCUCUCCGCACGACAGGCCCUACGCGUUCGGCCACCCAUCCGUGGACGCGGUGAUCGAGCGGUUCCUUGGCCUCCAAGAAGACUUGAAAGAUGUUGGGGCUGUGAAGAAGGUGAAGAAGGUGCAAGAUCGCGUCGAGGGAGAGGGAAACAAAUGGAUUUGCUUGGACAUACCGAUAGAGAAGAUGGGGUUGGAUGAGCUCGAGCGGGAGGAGGCGUUCUUGGAAGAGUUGAGGAACAGAGUGGCCGUGCGGGUGGACGAGAUGGGGACGCGGAGGGUCGCUACCAAAGAGUUUUUUCCCCUUAAUCCGUUACUUGAGGAAGAGGAUAUUCGCAUGGACGGAGCCAAAAAUUCUUAUGAAAGAUUAUUAUGAAAGAAGAAGAAGAAGAAGAAGAAGAAGAAGAAGAAGAAGAGCCAAAAAAUAAUCACUGUUGACGGAGCUUCCUCUUUAACCAGUUCUUUCGUAGAGAAGGCAUCCAAUGCUAAAAGAGAUAUGUUUCUUGCAUUUUCAGCUGUACACCUAAUUUGACAUGGACUGACUUCUGCUUCUUUCUUUUUCUUUUCUUUUCUUUUCUUUACUUUUUGAUCUGAAAACGGGUUGGAGGGAAAUUUCUCCUCCAACGUACACGUUCUCUCUCUCUCUCUCUGGAACAGUUUCCGGCCGGUUUGUCUCUGCAACUUCUGUCCAGGAGGAGGCCGUCCUUAUCUCUCUCUCUGUGGCCGGCCGUUUCGUUUCUGCAAUGGAUUUAGCAGCCGGAUCUGUCUCCGACAUAAUGAAAAAAGUUCUCUCGCUCUGUGUUGAGCUAACAUUUUUAUGGAGAUAAUGUUUCUCUAUGUUUACAAAUCUCACUGUCGUUCUUUGUCUCUCUUCGUCGUUGUUCUUCUCUACCGGUACUGUCUCCACCGCCGCUGACUCUCUUUUUGUUGUUGGAGAGUGUUAGUGAUUUUGCGA